CCGCAGCUGCAACAUGGAAACAGCUAUCAUAAUCAUUACCAUGCUCAGCAACAGCAGCAACAGCAAUACCAAAUAUUGGUUGUCUGCAACGGAGGAAUUUGCCCGCUGCUUGCCGCUUGCGAUUCCGUCGACGCAUCUUCCAGCCCUAAACUGGGCAGUCCUCUUACAGUCACAGGCGCCAUGACCUCUCAUAUCAGCCGCGUCCUUGAUGCAACGUUUGAGCCUCGAAGCGGUAUGGUCGUUCUAGCUGCCCCGAAGGCGCUUAUCUCCUUGGACGCGCGCAACGAGGCGUCGCGUCUUUCAGGCCAACUCAAAGGCUGGUUCGCGAACAGCUGCGACGGCGUCGGCGACGCGGCACGCUACACAUCACUGCAACGCAUCGUGGCCAGCGCGCCAGGCUAUCUUCACAUCAUGGACGAUCAAGGACAGGGCAAGACGUAUCUACGGCAGGUCCACCUCCUGGGCGGCUCCUGCGCCGUCAGUACUUUGAUGCCUGGCGACGGCGUCUUCACGUACGACCGUUCCACAGGAUCGGUACUGUACGUCACGGACUAUCGUACAAUCAACCGCGUCACGGCGCAGGGCUUGUUGGAGCCGGUAGUGGGGCACGAGGGUUGCAGCUACGACGGCGGCGUCGUAGCCUGCCGUGCAUCGCAUCGAGUUGACGGCCCCAUCGGACUGGCGCGCUUUGUGUCCGUCAUCGACAUCACCGCAGACGAGUACAGCAGCAGCGGCACGGCGGGCAGCGCCGCAAUGGAGCCGUUGCGCAUCGCGGCAGAGUCCCCGCCGGACGUGGUUAUCAUCGCCGGCGACGGCGGCACCUCCUUCCCGGCCCACCGCGCCGUUCUGUCGGCGCGCUGCCUCUACUUCCGCAAGCUAUUCUCCGCCAGCUUCGGCGGCGGCGGCGGCGGCGGCGCUGCCAGCAGCGGCAGCGACGACAUCGUAGAGGUGCCGCUGCGUGGCACCGAUCCCGACGCCCUGGCUGUCGUACUGCGCCACAUCUAUACAGGGUCCUUCGAGCACCUAACCGCAACGGCAGCGGCGGCGGCGGCGUCGACAUCGGAGCCGCUGCGCGCCGUCGCGGCACUCGCUGACCGACUGCUACUGCCGCAACUGUGUGCGCACGCGCAGGAGCUGCUACUGCGUGACUUGGCGCCGGACACGGUGGUUUCGGAGAUGCUUUGGGCGGAGCGCGCAGGGCUACAAACCCUGUUGGCGCAGCUCGAGCAGUACUUUGUCGUACAUGCGGCGGAGGUGGCGCAGCAGGCGCCGCAGAGCGUUGAUCGGUUAUUGGAGGGGGGGAACACUGAGAACCCCGGAUAG